AUGGGAUCACCGCUUGGACCGUUCCUUGCAAAUGUUUUUAUGGGCAAAGUCGAGAAGACAAGCUUGCAAGAGACCAUUAAUGGCCUCGUCUUCUACUGUCGGUGCGCGGACGAUAUCUUCUGCCUGGCGGGUGGUACCAUCAAUACCGAGGAGAUUGUCCAAAAGUUCAGCAGUGCGCACCCCUCGCUAAAGUUCACUGCAGAGGCCGAGGCAGAUAACGAACUUGCCUUUCUCGAUGUCCUUCUGCACAGGCAAGAGGAUGGGUCUAUCCAGCGGAGCGCCAAUAUGUGGGACCGGUCGGGCCAUCCAUCUGCAACCUCUCCCCUUUCCCUCUUGCUGACUAUGUGUUAA